CAAACGCUGGCGCAAGCAGCCUUCCCAUCAACCAUGGCAGACUCGGAGCAGGCGCAAAGCAUCUCGAAGAAGAGUCAGCAAGUUAGACGAUCCUUCUUGGAUCUGAUAUCAUGCAUGAAGGAGAAAAAACAUGAUAUAAGCCCGUCGCCCGCAGAAAUAAUAGACGCCCUGGAAAGAUUCACGCUAUGGGCUAGGAAUUUAGGCGCAAUGCAUAGCCCGACGGCGAAAUUGUCGCUGGAUCAUCGCCUUUCUGCGGCACACGAUAUUCGGCAACAAAUAUGUCUACAAUUAGACGAGGUUGCUACCGCACUUGAGGACUUGAUGAGCAUCGUUCAAGGCAUCAGUCCAAACCGGGACAUGGCUUUCGACAUGGAUAUCGAGGUUGAAGAUGUCGACGAAGAGAGCCUUGAAAUCGAUGGCUUGGAGGACGAAGAUGCAACCAUCGAACCAUUCGACGAGGCCCAUAUGCUUAUCGAAGUCAUCUCCGAAAGCAUCAGUUACCUUUUCCGAAUAGGAAUCCUGGUUCGGAAGUCAACUCCCCGUGAUAGGUUCAAGCGCGCACUCCAGGCAUCAGAUCUAGCAUUCCCCGCCUCAUUCGAUGUGGAUUAUGUUAGACAGAAGCACCCCAAAAUCAGAGAGGGCUCUCUGCUAGGACGUCUCGGCGGUGGUAUUGCGAAACGAAGGCAGUUUAUCAGAUACUGCCGAGACCACAGAAAUCGACUGGGGGCUGAUGAUCUUGGAGAAGAAGGAAAGCUUAUUGAUGCCCGCACUGAACAUUCUCAGAGCAAAGCAACCACGUUUUUACCACAAAAGGUGGAAGAAGUAGAGGACGACGCCGUUUCAUUCAUGAGUGCUUCGACCGCCACCGAGUCGCUAUCAAAUCUUAAACUCCCCCUCUUAGCCGAUCUAUCCAACAACAACGAAGCCUUCGAAUGCCCCAUAUGCUUCACCAUUCAGUCAUUCCAGACUGAAAGGUCCUGGCGAAUCCACGCCUUCCGCGAUCUGAAAGCCUACCUAUGCACUGUGGGAGACGAAGAAUGUGACGCUAGAUUCUUCGGAGAUCGUGACACCUGGUUCGAACACGAAUUAAAGGAGCACCGAGCUCGAUACACCUGCAGCUUGUGUGGUCAUGGGCCGCUAGGGCCGAAACAGAUACGGGCACAUAUCCAAACAGCUCAUGGACCGUUUUCUGACGACCAGUUACAAAUGCUUCUGGACGCUGGACGAGAGGCAUUGACAAAAAUCAGAGCCAAGGAUUGCCCGUUUUGUCAUGACUGGGAGGAUGCCCUCCGCCUUAGAACCAAUCCAGGAGGGAAAUCAACUCUUCCAGGGGAACCCACACAAGAUGUCUUUGUCAGUACGACUCGAUUCAAGAGACAUGUGGCUGUGCAUCAAGAACAACUCGCCAUCUUCGCGCUUCCGCGAGCAACCGAGGAAAAUGGGACUCGAGAGUCGGCAUCAGAUGGCCAUUCACACUCACAUGUCCUCUCCGUGUCCGAAGAUGAUGAAGCUAUCGAAAGGGGAAAGUCAUCGCAUCUGGAUAUAUUCUCAUUGCAGCUUGAACAGGAUACAGCGGAGACUCGACGGUCGCUGACUGGUCGCUGGCUGGAGGAUCCAGCUACUUCAGCGGUGCCCCCCGAGGAGGUUUCCGGGGAGGAUUUCCGAAAGCGAGUUGAAAAUGACAGAAUAAAAAACGAGGAGCGACUUGAGACCCUUCGCAAGGCUGAGAAGGAACGUGAGCAGACGCACGAGAAAGGCAUGAGAGCCGCUGAAGAAACCCGGAUGCGUCUCGAAGCAGCCCUCAAGUUGGCCGGGAUCGGGGCCAAGCCAGAGGCAACCAAGACAACCCAGGAACAGGUUGUGAAGGAGGUAGUUCCGCAAGAGCCAGUAGAAGGCGACGCGAGAGUCAGGUCCGAGACCGAGCUGGAGGCUGCCGAAGGAGAGGGAGAGAGGGCGACUAAAGGGCAGGCCGAGGUCGACUCCAGGAGAGAGUUAGAAGCGGACCUCAACCCUACGCAGGAAGGGAAGAAGAAGGAAGAAGUUCAUGCUCGAGCUAAAGAAAUACCCCGGAUCUACCCCAGGACGGCCUUCGAUGACGAGGACAAGGCUAAGAAGGACCGCGACGAGGAGGCCCAACGUCAGCGAUUACGCGAGCGUAUGACCGGCAUGCCCGCUCCAUCUCGUCCCAAUGCCAGAAACGCGUAUAAUUUUGAUUGGCCAGGUAUACCCAUGAGAGACGAGACAGGGCGCCGUGUCAAUAGCAAGGAAGCACAGAGGGAGAGCACGCCGCGCCGCACUCCUGAGAAGGUGCUCACAGAGGCUGCCCGCCAGCGGCUGGCAAAGCGCUUUGAACCCAGUAAACAAGACACUGUUAACCCUGAGGGCCGACGGCGCCGUGUACUCUAUGACGACGGCACAUAUCGCUGGGAGGAGCCCAAGGAGGAUGAGGUCGACAACCAGCGGCGGGAGAAUACGGUUAUCAUGCCUGAACCUCCACGAGCCAAUAUUGGUCGCUCACGCGCCUCCGCUUCCAAGCGACCGGAAGAGGUUCCCAUCGACGAUUAUAUCCCCGUGCUUGUGCGCCCAACAGAGCGUCUGCGCCGUACCCACGAUGAAGAGACCCGGGGCGAGAGGAAGGAGCCUACAGAGGCCACCGACCGCGAGCGACUGGUGGAACGCUUUGAACGUAGACCCGGCGAUGUUGAUCCGUGGGGUCCAGGACGCCCAGUCCGGAGCCAAGAUAAAUCACAAGAUCCACAAGAUCAGACACCCGCUCCUGACGAAGCCUCCAGUCAAACUACAUACAAACUUUCCGAUCUCCCAGAUCAACUCUCCGGCGACGACGCCGACGAGUCAGACCACCCUCAGGGCAAUUUCUCAAGAACGAAGAAGAAGCGACCCGCAGUCUAUAUUAACGGCCAGAGGGUUUUGGACAUAACGCGCAGUGAACGUAGCCGCCGCGAGCGCGUCGUGAUAGUUGACGGGCCGCCACCCACAACUCGUGGGUUUGACAAAAUCCGACCUCCGCCCCCUCCGCCAACUACUCUCAGUUCAAACUCCGGGAUGCCCAGGAAUUGGCCCGACGGAGACGACAACGAUCGAGGAAUAGCCUCUCGACGCGCAAGAAACGACGAUGAGAUUAGUCGUCGUCUAGAGUACCGAGAGGAGCAACGUCAAAGGGAGAAGCGAUUCCGGGCUCGCAUUGCUGAGGCUAACGCUGUGAUUGACAGCCGACCUGCUGUACCCCGAGCCCCUACGCCUAGGCGCAAUGCCGAACAGGAGGAAAAGAAGGUCCUCCAAGGUGACGAGUCCGCCCGCUCCAGCAGCGUCACCACGUCGGAUCUCCCUAUUUCGCGUCCGUCGGCACCUCCACCACCCGAUUAUCAAGACUAUCGCCAACGCUUCCCGUCACUUGCUCCGCCACCGCCUCCCCCUCGAGACAGCGAUUCCCUUCGACCUUUACACUUCGAGAUGCCGCCUCCUCCACGGCCUCCUACGCCGCCUCCCAGGUCCGGCCCCGGAAAGCCAGAGGGUGAGAACAAGGAAACAGAAUGAUUCGAAGGCAAGAUGAAGAUGGCUCAAGAAUCAGCCAAGAUUGAGAGAGUGUUUUCAAUACAGGGCGAACAGUAGCAGAAAUACAGCCAAGGGAUUGAAUAGAGGAAGAAGACAGGCAUCCGAGAGCUCCAGGGCGUGAGAAGGAACCUUGUACUUGAGUGAGAGGAGCAGCUGAACAGCGAGGCCAAAAACUCUCGUCGACUAAACAAGUCUAGAGUCGUAAAUCCUCUCAAGGUGAAGAGGAUAAACCGGUUGACAGUUGGGUAAUGGAUGGAUGCCGUCUCUUGGGUAUUUAUUUUAGAUGGAUUAUAUCAGUUGGCGAGACAGAUUCGAAGUGCGCGCGUAGUUUUGCCACUUAGACGAGGGUGGAAUAAUUGAAGAGAACUAUAUCGUCAUAAGUAAGCCAGAGAAAGAUGCAAAGCAUCUCAUUCAAAACCCUUCCAUCCUUUGUAUUACAGUUUCGAAUCCCUCUCUUCAAUCUUCCUCAUUUCCCUC